AUGGACUUCCUAUCAAACGUCGUGACUUCAACAUUCGGCAACGGCUUGUUGCAAGCGGGUACGGCCGUGGCUACCGGGAAAUCCGCUGGUGAUGUAGCGAAACAUGCGAUGGCUCGAAAUCAGACCCGGCGGUUGGAAGAGUACUUCAUGAAGGCUGCCGAAGCUUACUCGUCGGGAUACAGCACCUUUCUCGCGCUCAACACGGCAAAGUUCGGGGCGGCAGCAAUCGUUGCUCUGGUCGCGUGGACAACAACGUACUUGAUGGCGCAGAGGAGGAAUCGUAAUCGAGACCUCGGCGAGGUGGUGGACCAACCGUCGAACGCUACCGCUGUCGCGGGAAGCGCCGCUUUCUUCGCGGCAUUCGUUGCGGUGUUGGUGUUUGACGUCGUCCGGCGACAGAGAACACUAUCGAAUUUUACCGGCACCAAUAUGUUUAUGCAGUACGCGAUGUUCUUCUGUGUUCCAUUGGGGCUUUUCUCAGCCGGUCUAAAGCUGGCUUCGCCGCUAGAUUUGCAGACGAGCGUCGCUGCGGCAGCGGUAAUCGCGGUCGCCGUUGUCGUGGUGGCUAAAAAACUAUACUUUGUGUUCAUGGAGAACGACCUUGAGAGAAAAGUCUUUACUGAGAUUGCAAACGCCUUGGACGCGUGCCCGGGACCGGGCAAGGCCGGUUGCAACCACAAACACGCGGGAUACUUGGAUGCUUUCGCGAACAUGGUCAAGCCUUAUCUCGACCAAAUCAACUUCAUUCUCCCCAAUACUCUCGAUGCGGCGGAAGUUGCUCGAGAUAUCGCUUCUCGCCAGAAAUUUGACACGCUCAGAAAUCAGGUUUAG